AUGUCGUCAUUUAACCCCCACGACCACCUCGUUAAGCAAGGCUGGAAGGGAAAGGGUACUGCCCUUAAGCAUGGCCAUGCUACCCGCCCCAUUCCUGUGGUUAUGAAGAAGAACCUCGGUGGUAUCGGCAAGGACCGCGACGAGGCGAUUCCCUUCUGGGACCACAUCUUCGCGUCCACCGCCGCCUCCAUUGCUUCUGGUGGUUCCUCGGGCACUUCGACCCCCACUACCCCAGCCAAGCCGACCAUGACCAUUCAGGCCCGCAGCGGACGUGAGAUUGCUCGCAGGAAGCUGUACUCGGGCUUCUUCCGGAGCACCACCGGCACGCCCAAGCCCUUUGAGGAGAGCGAGACACCGAGCUCUAGCGGCAGCAGCGGCUCUGGUUCUGGCUCGUCCACCCCUGCGGAGUCUACCCCGGCCCCAGCACCGACUCCAACUCCCGCACCCGCACACGACGUUACCGGCAUCCGCAAGGCCAAGGAGAAGUCCAAGUCCAAAUCUAAGGACCGUAGCAAGGACACGGGCGAUAAGGGCGACAAGGCCGAGCGCCGGGCCGCAAAAGCCGCAAAGGCAGAGGCCAAGGCCGCAAAGGCGUUGUUGAAGGCCGAGAAGGAGGCGAGGAGGGCAGCGCGGUUGGCCAAGCGCGAGACCAAGGCGGAGAAGAAGGCGGGAAAGGAGGCGAAGGCGGAGGCCAAGGCGGAUAAGAAGAGGAGUAAGGAGGACAAGAAGAGCCAAAAGGAGGCCAAGGAGGACACCACCACCAAGGACGAGGAGAGCGCAUAG